GGAUCUGAAUACUGUACUUUUUUAACAUUUCAGGUUCCGUUCCAUUUGCUCUAAUUUCAAACAUCAUUCUUAAGAUGUAAGUGUAUAUAGUUCUGGGGUUAUGCUGGAAAGGCGAGGAAAUCUCUUGCAACGUUUGAAGUUAAUGUCUCUGCAUUUGAUAUUGAAACAACCCCUAAUAAUGCCAAAAAUAUGACUCAAUACUGAUGAAUUCAUCCAUGCUUGAUGGCCAAGGCUAUCUUAUUAUAAAUAUAGAGCUUUUGGAAAUGCGAGGGCUGCGUAGCACCUGAAUCCGCCGGCCAACGGCGCCCCUCAUCCGCUGGUUUUCCCGGCCAGCUUCCGGCGCCCCACUCUCCUCCGUAUUUCACAGCAGGUAUAUAAGUUAUGGAACCAUCAGAAAAUGCUUCAAGUCAGCCAGCUAAAGCUAUGGAAUCACAGAAUGGCAUUGGUAAUGGUGAAAAGUCACCAACAACUCAGCACCCUGUUGGAGGAACUAUUAACAUUCUCUCUUCAAGCAAGAAGUUGAACACCUCAUUCUCCUCUAACUGUUCAUCUCCCGACACUCCUCUGGACAGUCCUUUUGUGGAGAGUGGUCAUAAAAACAAAUCCACGGCUAAAGAAGAAGUUCCCAGCAACUUGUUGGCGACAGAAUCUCCACCAACCCAAGUGAUGGAAGAACCUGCUGUACAUGAGGUACGAUAUAGGAUUCCAUCUUCUGUGUUUGCUCAAGGGAAGUCCAGAAAAGAACUGGAAUGGAGUAUGUGCUCUAAUGAGUCAUUAUUCAGUAUCCAGUUGGACAAUACCAGUUUUUGUAGAGAUGAAUUCCUUUUGAAGACUGAAGAGUUUUGUGAAGAUGAAGAAGCUUUUGAGGUGGCCCCUGCAGCGGUGGAUAUCGCUCCAGUGAGGCCUUCAUCUGCCCAUAUAACUGAGUUGGCAAGGGCUGGAGGGGUAGACACGGCAGAGACAUCCAUGAGAGAUUUCUUAAGGGACAGUAAAAAUCAAAACCAGGAAAAAUGUCAUGUUGAGGAACGGACUUCUCGUUACUCUGACGAGAGUGGCACCAGUGGAAGAUCCUUUGCAUUCCCAAUAUUGUCAGGGGAAAUAGACAAAGACGGUUCGGCAAAGUUAAAGACUGAAAAAAAGCAGCCGCCACAGCCGUUGCCAUCACCCGAGCAAGAGGGAGAAUCCCCACAGCAGGCUCCUCAGCCUGAAUAUAAUGUAGAUGCUGCACCAAAACAGUGGUUUUCGUGCUUCAUGUGUUGCUCAUUCUGUUCUUAGAAGAUUUCAUGAGCAGCUGAUGGCCUUCAUACACAUUUUUGUUGAAGAAAAUUUUGAGGAUGCCAUUGCAGCCAGCCAGCAUUGUUCGGAUUCUGGUUGCAUAAACGUAGGUGGUUAUU